GCCGCCACCGCGCGCGCCACCUUGCUCCUCCGAUCGGUUCCUCCCCGCCGGUGACACAAUAUGUCGUCGGAGACCGCCCCCGAGGCGGAGCUCUCCACCGCACUCUCCGCCGCCACCGUCAGCAACAAACAACGGAAGAGGGACACCAGGAAGGCCGAGAAGGCGGCCAAGCGCGAGCAGCAGAAGCCCGCCGCCGAGGACCCCUCGCCCGAGAAAGAGCAGAAGCCCUCCGCCGAGGACGACCCCUCGGCGGGCAACUACGGCGACGUACUCCCCGUCCCCGGGGAGAUCCUCCCCGCGGCGGUCCCCUACGGACCGUGGGCCGAGAUCGGCCACCUCGACAGGGCCUCCGUCGGCCGCUCCGUGCUGGUCCGCGGGACGGCGCAGGCGGCCUACUGCGGGUCCAAGACCAAGAAGGUGGCCUUCCUCGAGCUGCGGCAGGGGAUGAGCACCGUGCAGUGCGUGCUCGCCGGCAGCGCGCAGAUGGCGCUCUUCGCCUUGUCCCUCCCCAAGGAGUCGGUCGUCUUCGUGGAGGGCGCCGUCGCCCUCCUCGACAAGCCCCUCAGAUACACCACGGUGCAAGAGGUGGAGAUUCAGGUCAGGAAGCUCUACUGCGUCAGCAGGGCCAAACCGAAGCUGCCGAUCAGCGUCGAGGAUGCCGGACGGAGUGCUGAGGAGUUUGCAAUGGCUGAAGCAAACGGGGUGCAGCUUCCCCGCGUUGGUCAGGACACACGCUUGAACCAUCCGGCUAUUAAUCUCCGAACACCUGCAGUGCAAGCCAUUUUCCGUAUAAAGCAUCAAAUUGAACACAAAUUCAGGGAAUAUCUAUCGUCAAGAGAUUUUAUUGGGAUCCACACUCCAAAGCUGAUUUCAGGGUCAAGUGAAGGUGGAGCAGCGGUAUUCAAACUUGAAUAUAAGAAUGGCAAGACUGCUUGUUUAGCACAAUCCCCUCAGCUGCACAAGCAGAUGGCAAUCUGCGGUGGGCUUCGUCGUGUAUUUGAGGUUGGACACAUAUUUCGAGCCGAAGACUCCAACACACAUAGGCAUUUGUGUGAGUUUGUUGGUAUGGAUGCUGAAAUGGAGAUUAUGAGACACUACUUUGAGGUUUGUGAUAUUGUGGAUGGAUUCUUUGUAGAAUUGUUCAGACACUUGAAUGAAAAUUGCAGGACGGCACUUGAGGCAGUUAAUAGGCAGUAUCCAUUUGAACCACUGAAGUACCUAGAGAAUACCUUGAGGCUCAGUUAUGAGGAAGGAAUACAAAUGUUGAAGGAAGCUGGAACAGAAGUUGAGCCUAUGGGUGACCUCAACACUGAAGCUGAGAGAAAACUUGGUCAGCUUGUUAGGGAGAAGUAUGACACUGAUUUUUUCAUUCUCUAUCGGUAUCCUUUGGCGGCACGCCCCUUCUACACCAUGCCUUGUUAUGAAAACCCAGCUUACAGCAACUCUUUUGAUGUCUUCCUUCGAGGCGAGGAAAUAAUUUCCGGAGCACAAAGAAUACAUGAACCCGAGCUGCUGGCCAAACGUGUGGCUGAGCAUGGAAUCGACAAGAGUUCUAUCAAGUCAUACCUGGAAUCAUUUAGCUACGGCACACCUCCUCAUGGCGGGUUUGGGAUCGGGUUGGAGAGGGUGGUGAAGCUGUUCUGCGGACUGGACGACAUCCGAAUGGCAUCGCUUUUCCCUCGUGACCCGCAGAGGCUGAGCCCAUGAUCUCUCUUCCUCUAAGAGCGAGCCUGGUCCAUGCUUAUUAAUUCUAGCUGUGAUGACCUUCUUGAUGCUUCUAUUACCUAUACCUUUCAAGCAAUGUUCUGCUGUUAAUGGUUACGAAACUGUCACUUUGUUGUGGGUAGAAGUAGGAGAGUUUCGAUAGCAGAUCAAAGACUUAAGCAUGGAGAAGUUUGCUGAUAAUUGAGAAUCAAUAGUUAAUUGAAGAAGGUUUGCAGUAAUU